UAGUCAAAAUAUUGACACUUUUGAACCCAUCAACAACUUAACAAAUCGUAUACAUUGAGAAUUGAGAAUGGGUGCUGGUGACAAUCCAAAGAGACGGUCGCUGCUGUUCCCCUUCGCCAAAAGCACGCCCAAGGAGACCAAGUUCGAGGUGGUGAACAGAAAGAAGAAUCCUGCUGCAAACCUCAACAGGCCUUCUGCUCCUUCACCGUUUGACUCCCAGCCUUCAAGACCCCCAGAGAAGAGAACUAGCUCACCUAGUCCCGCUAGCUCUGCCUCUAUGCUUGCCUCCAGUGCUUCUAGAGCCAAAUCACCACCAGCUUCAACUACUUCACCGCGUUCCACAUCACCUCAUCAUAUCCCAUUGGAUUCUCGAGCUAUUAACCCUUUUAAAGCUCAUCAUCAUACUUCAUCAUCCAAAAAAGAUGCCAUUUCUCAAGCUGAUUUACCAUCAUCUAAUCUCGAUGUCAACUUCAAUGUACCUCCAGUUCCAGAUUAUAAUUCAACACUUCAUGCCCCACCAGUCACAAUAAAAGGAAGAACAGUUUCAUUGACAAAGAAAGAUGCACCACCAAGAAGAAAACCACCAACUCUUGGUACUGUGGUUGAUCCUCAAAUCAAUAACAAGAGUGUUUCAGAUUUAUCAAUUCAAAGUGCUGGCUCAGAUUCAUACUCUUAUCAAAGCUCUGGAUUGGAUUCAAGAUUGGCCAAUGAUCAAACCAAUGCUAGGUCUGUUGAAGAGACUACAUUGGAAGAUGAUGACGAAAAUGUAUUACUUCCUACAAUACAGAAACCAGAACCUGCUGCUCCUCCAAGCAUUGUUGUUACAGAAGAACUCUUAAGCGCUGUCCCAAAAGAUACUGAAGAUGAGGAACUGGAACAAGUGGAGCAAAAGACUGCUGAUUUGAAAUUAUCAGAGCCAUUAGAUGAAGAACCAGAAGUCCCAGCAAAAAUUGAAACGCAAGUUGAAGAAUUAGACGAUAUUGAAACUUCAUCUAUCCAGGAUGAACCAGAACUUAACAUCAAACCAAUUGCUCCAUUUUCUGAUCCCUCUAAAAAUACAUCACAAGUUGAUAGUUUCACCUCAGCUUCAGAAUUUAUGGAUACCGAGCAAGUGGAACAAGUUCCAAAAGUUGAACCAAAGAAUGAAACUCAAUAUGAUGAUGACCCAGAUUCAAGUUUUGAAAUCAAACCAUUAUUUUUCCAUAAAAAAUCUAAAAGUUCAGCUUCUGAAGGCGCACUAAGGAAUGAUGCUAGUAUAUUCACCACUGAAGGAGUUGUUACAUCACCAAAGCCGACCCAUGCAAAACAAUUAUCACUGUCCGAUGAUAUCUUGAAAGAUAUUGAAGAUUUCCAAAGCGCAAUUCCUUCACACGUUCAAGAUGAAACUGAUGAAGUGUCUCCUGUUUCCCCAUUAGCUUUACAGAAAGACACAAGACCAACAAUAGGUCGCACUGGACUUUAUGAUGAAAUUAGUGAAGAUGAAGAUUAUAGUUUCGAACAGGAUGUCCCUCAAAGACAACUUGUUGUACAAAACCCAGAUUCAGAAAUAGAAGAUACCAAUGAAUCACUGUUUCAAGAUUCCUCAGACGAAGGUCAUCAACCUGGGAACUAUAAUGCGUUUGAUGAUAAAGAAGAAUUGAAACAAAGCGAGUCUUAUGAUUAUGACCAUGUUGGUGGAAUGAACCUAGGUUCCCGUGGUAGUUCAGUUCAACCAGAGAUUGAUUAUCAUAAUAAUGAUAAUAAUGCACCGAAGAGCGACCAUCAAAGAAUACCACUUACAGAUGAUGAAACCGGAGAGGAGGAGGAAAGUUCGAAAGUGUAUGAAAAUGAAUUCAACAAAUUUGCAGAUGAAGCUCCAGAUACUACUAGUUCAUAUGAAGGUAGAUUAGCAAUACCCAGAUCUCAUUCAUACCAUAACAUACCGAGUGAUGUUGCAUCACAUAAUGAAAAAGAAUCAUACAAUUCUAACACUGGAAGCUCACCUUUAAAAUCAACCACGUCAGAAGAAGAUGGUGACAAGUUAACUUUUGAACGUCGUUCAGUUGGAAAUGCAAGCAGUGAUCAAGCGUCAUCUUAUAAUUAUUAUUCGCAAGCUGCUCAAACCAGAAAGUUCCAUGUUGUAAAUACUGGUGAUUAUUCAGAUGAAGAUCAAAGCUCUUAUAAUCCAUCAUUUGAUAGAGAUCACCCGGAAAGUUUAGAUCAUGAUUUUAGUGUUGUUCAUCAACAAAUCACCAAUAGCUCAGAUAGAGGAAGAGAUACAGAUGAGGAAGAUUUAUUAAGUUUCACUGCCAAAUCUCCACAACAAACAGAUUUCAAUUUCGAAAAUAAAACUACUCCUCAACAAAUGAUGGGAAAUAACGUUAGUGAUGUUGAUUUAUCCCAACCUGCUAAGAUCACUCCAGUUUCUAAUCUUGAUAGUCCAACUUCAAUUACAAGUCCUGUAAAUUCAUAUGAUCGAAGGGAAGAUACAGUGGCUCCUGUACAAUAUGUUUCAACUUAUAAUGGGUCUUCAAGAAGACCACCUCCAUUGAGUGACGCUCCAAAGACAACUAGAGUUGCUCGAAGUUUAUCCACAUCUGUUCCACCUCCUGUCAAUUACAACACUUUGCAAGAAGGAAUAGCAGCAGCAGAAACUAUACAUCCUGUCGAGACUCAUGAACCUGAAAAAUCAAGCUAUGUGGAAAUGUUGAGAAUGAGUUCAGGAACUGCAAACAGUGAUGUCCCAGCAAGUGUUUGGGGGUUACCUAUUGGUAUUGCAGAUAUCGACCAUUCCAAACUAACGGCUACUGCUUCGAGAACUGCAUAUAAGAGAGCUCAAAGAACAAGUAAGAGUGAUUUGAAACAUGGUAAGAUUAAACCAAGAUUAUUGGCUUCAGAAGUUGAUGAUGAUGAUUCCACAGAAAUGGUUUCAGGAAUCGAGAGUCAAUCUAUAGACCUUGAUAAGUCCAGAACACCUUCAAUCCAUUCACCAACUCAAUCAUAUUUGAAUUUUUCACCAACUAGAACCCCUACAAAUACUGGUGUUUCAAGAUCUGGUACCUUGAUUGGAGAUAAGAUUGGUACACAAUUGGGAAGAUCCGGAAGUGUGAUGAGCACAGUGAAACCUGUGAACAACAUGACUCUGUUUAUUGCGAACCCUGAUAUCGAAGAAGAUGAUUAGCUCGCUACUUAAUGAAUAAUUUAUUUUGACUACUUGUAGCUUUGACUAUUUGAUUUCCUCUUUGGGAAGUCAACGUCAGAUCAUUGAAAUUUUCGAGAAAUGGCC